GGCCUUUAUGGUGUUUGUCUGAACACAUUUUUGUUGAGGCACAAGGCAAACAAAUAACCCGUCAAGAUGGUGAAGGGUAAUCAUAUGAUUUCGAAUGGCCACUUCCAUAAGUACUGGCAGCGGCACAUUCGCACCUGGUUCAACCAGCCGGCCCGCAAGUUCCGCAGGAGACAGAACCGCAUCAAGAAGGCUAAGUCCGUCUUUCCGCGCCCUGCCAAGGGCCCAAUCCGCCCGAUCGUACACUGCCCAUCGCAGCGCUACAACACCAAGAUCCGUGCGGGUCGUGGAUUUACUCUCGCCGAACUGAAGGGUGCUGGUUUGACGAAGAACUUCGCUCAAACCAUCGGCAUUGCCGUGGAUCCGCGUCGCCAGAACAAAUCGGUCGAGAGCCGCCAGGAGAAUGUGCAGCGCCUGAAGGAGUACCGUAGCAAACUGAUCCUAUUCCCGGUUCACCGCAACAAGAAGGCACGCAAGGGCGAAGCUACUCCGGAGGAGUGCAAGCUUGCCAAGCAGCUGAAGAACACGGUCAUGCCGAUCAGAAACGCGCGGCCGAAGGUCACGUUGGAGAAGAUCACUCCGGAGCAGAAGAAGUUCCAUGCGUUCCAGGCUCUUCGUCAGGCUCGUUUGCAUGCGCGCUUCCACGGUAUUCGUGCCAAGAAGGCCAAGGAUGCCGCGGAAAACGAAAACAACCAACCCGGUGGUGACAAGAAGAAGGGCAAGAAGUAAACGGGUGGACGCUCCUCUCCUUACUCUAGCCUAGCUCGCCUUUGCCGCUAGCCGACUGCUGCAACAACAACAUACGUUAAUUUCACAAGAACCUGAUUGUGAGACAUCGGUGCGGAAAGGAGAAAUCAAAUAAAACAUUUUCCUUUCCUCGUUAAUGAAUGGAUUUAUUUUCGAGAGGGAGCCAAAUC